GUUCGUUGGUCUGUCAUUACGUUGUGACCUAUUUCUUAUUCUCAAUCUCGUGUCUUUGUAAGCUUACACUAAACGGAAACCUGGCCUGCGAUUUGUUAGCUUGUUUUAAUCGACGCAUCUUAAUUGUUGACGAGACAUUUAUAACUUCUUGGCAGUGACUGAAUUUAAAGAAAAUUUGAAAGACGAUAUUGAGAAGAAAACUAUUUCCUAAUUCCUCUUGUGAAGACUGUAUCCUACUCCAAGUUUUCAGUGAUAAGAACUGAGAAGUACACGAUCGAAACAACUUAUUCGAGCAACUAUACUUCCUAGCUGUAAUCUAUCUUGUGAAGACUAUAUCCUACCCCAGGUUAUUGCAGUGAUAAGAAGUACAGGAUCAAAACAACUUAUUCGAGCAACAACUUCCUAGCUGUAAUCUAUCUUGUGAAGACUAUUAUAUAUUAUACUAUAAUAUAUCCUACCCCAGGUUAUUGCAGGUUUCGGUUCAAAGAAAUAGCGGAUCAAACCAACUCAUAUUCCAUCUUAACAGUCUCUAAAUCUUAUAGCUCUGAACAUCAGGCCAGUAAGGAAACACACCACUGAAACAAACCUCGGACCCUCUAUUCAAUUCAAGGCACUAAACGCAAAACGACCACUGAACGACCACUGAACAAGUAAGUCAUUAAAAAUAUUAAUUGAAAUUUGAUAAUUAUGUACCACGAGAGCUGUGUGAUAAUAUAAGAACCUUGAUACGCGCGAAAAGUGGCAUGCAACGUAUGUCAAUAAGAACCUAUGUUGAUCUUGGAAUGUUCGAUCUUUCAAUCUGCAUCAAUCCCCCUUACAGCUGAUUUCAUUUCAGAUAUAUCAAUUGAUCAACAAUGGAUAACUAUUUGGAAAAUGGCAAACAAAUAUACGAAGAAUAUUGCUCAACAUCUGAAAACCUGCCCACAUUCACAAUGCUUCCAAGAGCACCAGAGCAGACCUACAUUGAUGUAUAUCCAGAUGAAGAUCAGCCCGGUCCCAGCUUUACAGAUGACAGACGACAUCAAUUAGACUACGAGACUGAAGUUAAGGUGUAUAGGGCUUUGGAAGAGGUAGAUGGAAACUUCAUUGUUCUUCACAGUUUCAAAUACACGCAUCAUCAAUAUCGUUUGUGUGCAGGUGAACGUCAUAUCCGAAGUGGAUGUUCUAAAUGUAAAAGGAAGAAUGCAGAAAAUCAGGAGGGGGAAUGUGACUUUCUCAUCAUUUGUGCGAACAGUUUCAUUAUUAUCGAGGUAAAGAACAUGGAUAAUGUUGGAGAGGUUUUGGAAUGUGAACCAGACUUCCACCUGUGUUCAAUUGGCGAAGACUGGCAACCUCAGUGUAACAGAGACCAGCAGUUGAAAGCAUUAAUUGGAACGUUCCAGAAAUCAGUCAAACAAAGAAACAAGAUUGUGGAACUGAUCAAGUGUAUGGAUAAGGAUGCAAACAUUUUUCAGUUUACUGCCUAUCCUAAUUUUAGUAAACAGUUUAAAGAUGAGUUUAAAUUUAGUGAGAUUACAGAACUCCCGUUAAGUGAUGAUGAACUGUCAACUAUCAUAUUUGAAGAGGACCUUUGUCGCAACGAACUUGAUGCUGCUUGGUGGGCAGCAAAUGUAACUCUGGCCAAUUAUUCAUCUUCAGAUUCCCAUGAGAGAGUAAGGAACAUUUUGUUAGCUAUUUGGGCCACAGAGAGAAAAACGUGUGAUAAAUCCAAGUGCAGUUUAGGACGAUGUAUUAUGGAUGUCAACAAACAACUUAAGGAAGGUCGCAUUACUUUUGAGCCUAAAAAAGGUAAAAAACGUAAUCAAAAUCCCGCAGUUGUCAAAGCUCCCGAUGUUAUCAGAAACAAUUCUAAUGUGGAAAACCUAACAGUAGAACAACACAAUGCUUUCAAGUCAAAAGAGAAUUUGUUGUUGAUUAACGGUCCCGCAGGGGCGGGCAAAACUGUCAUAUUGUGUGGUAAAAUACUGCAACUGUUAGAGUCUGAUAAGAACAACAAAGUUGUGGUAUUUAAGUAUACUGGACCCGGAAACAAUUCACAGCAUUAUCAAAGUGCGUUAAAUAACGCUAAAAUAAAAUACGAACUGAUAAGCACAGAUGAACUUGAACACACUCCAGAAGAACUAGCUAAUCUUAUAACAGAGAGUUUGUGUGAUGUUAUUAUUGUGGAGAUAACAGGUUAUCCAGAUACCAGAUAUUUAACAGAUAGACUCAGUGUACUAAGUGGUUAUAAUUUGUUUGUUGAUGAUAUACAGGCAGUUAUUGAUUACGAUACCACAGCUGAAAAGUGCACUUUAUUGAUUAACAAGUUAAAAGACUUAUCAGCAGAUAAGAUUGUGUGGAUAGCAUGUGACAUUGUCCAGAUAUUUUAG